GUGUGAGUCGCGCGCGGGUGGGAGUUUUGUCCUUCACUGAGGAAUUUUCAUGGCUGAAAAAACAUAAAAUAACUCAUAAAAUAUCCACCUAAUGGCUGAGAUAUAAAAACGUAAAUACCGCGAAACGCGUCUUGUUAAAGUUUACAGUCAUGGCGAAUGUCAAACAGAAGCUUUUAUUCAGAAAUAAAGACGUUUCGACCGUUAACAGCUCUGACGGGACAUUCAGGAGUUUGGAAAAACCUGGAAGACCAAAUCGACAGAAGGAAAAGGUAAAUGGACUGAAAGACAAAGCCCAGGGCCUCGGGAAAUCGCUCAAUGAUUCACUGGAAGGGGAUAUCAGAGACUUCCUCAUCAAUGAAGCUGAACUUCACACGUACGAUGACCUCACUAAAGUCAACCCGGUUACCCCUUCUACAGUGCUGAAAUGUCUGCAGGCCAGGUACAGCGCGAAGGUUUUCUACACACAUGCUGGCUGUACGCUGGUCGCCCUUAACCCCUUCCAACCCAUCCCUCACCUGUACUCUCUGGAUGUGAUGAAGGAAUAUCACUCUGCCCCUCAGCCUCAGGAAUUCAAGCCACACAUCUUCAUCGUAGCAGAAGAGGCUUAUAGGAAUGUGCAGGGUCAGGUGGAGCCCAUCAACCAAUCGCUGGUCGUCUCUGGAGAGAGUGGAGCUGGGAAGACAUGGACGUCACGCUGUCUUAUGAAGUAUUAUGCCACUGUGGCCACCUCCUCUCAGAAGUGCCAGGAUACAGUUCAGAAGAUAGAGAGACGAGUACUGGACUCCAACCCUGUCAUGGAGGCAUUUGGCAAUGCCUGCACAUUACGCAACAGCAACAGCAGUCGCUUUGGGAAAUACAUUCAGCUUCAGCUCAACGGCUCUCAGCUGUUGGUUGGGGCAUCAGUGCAUACGUAUCUCUUGGAGAAGACCAGAGUGGCUUUCCAAGCACCAAAUGAGAGAAAUUUUCACAUAUUCUACCAGAUGAUGAAAGGAGCCACAGAAAAACAGAGACUGGAAUGGAUGCUUCCUUUGGAACAAGACUUUGCAUGGUUGCCACAUGCUGAGAAAACCUUAGAAGAAGACUGUUUCCAAGAGACGGUGGAUGCCAUGAUCAACCUUGGCAUUGAUGAGGGGAAGCGGGCACAGAUUUUCAGGAUCCUUGCAGGUCUUCUGCAGCUGGGGAAUGUGGACUUCAGUCCUGUGUCAGAAGAGGCUCAACCAUGUGAUCUUGAUGGGCACUCCAAAGGUUUCCUGCAGAAGACCGCUGCCCUGCUGCAGGUGCCGUUAGACGAGCUGCAGUCGUGUCUGACAGUGAGAACUCUGCGCGCUGGCAAACAGAACGUCCUCAAACCUUGCUCUCAGCUGGAGUGUGGUGUCCGCAGAGACUGUCUUGCUAAAGCCAUCUAUGCGCAGCUGUUUGACUGGUUAGUCACUUUCAUCAACAACAGUAUGUGUGCUGACACUUCCAUGUGGUGCAACUUUAUUGGCCUGCUGGAUGUGUACGGUUUUGAAUGUUUCCUCCUGAACAACCUGGAGCAGUUGUGUAUUAAUUACGCUAACGAGAAGCUGCAGCAGCACUUUGUGGCUCAUUACCUGCAGGCCCAGCAGGAGGAGUAUGUGACCGAAGGGCUGCAGUGGUCCUUCAUACGUUAUCAAGACAACCAGGGCUGCCUGGACCUGAUUGAAGGCAGUCCCUCCAGCAUUUUCUCCCUGCUCAAUGAGGAGUGUCGUCUGAACAGAGCAUCGGAUGCGAAGCAGUUCCGUGUGCGUCUGGAGAAGGAGCUGUCAGAUAAUGCCAACUUCAGCUGGGACAAAUUCAACAAAGAUCCCCAUUUCACUGUGGCCCACUACGCAGGCAAAGUCAGCUACCAGAUCGAAGGCAUGAUGGAGAAGAACAAGGACCCGGUUCCUCCUGAGCUCAUCUCUGUCCUGCAGAAGUCCCAGGAUUCAUUGCUGCACAGUCUCUUUGCUGACGGUGACCGUGAAAGUGAGGGCUCUAGAGGACACAGCAAAGUGAUCACUGUCGUCUCCAAAUUUAAGAACUCACUUGAAAGCCUGAUGAAGAUUUUGCACAGCACCACCCCACACUACACACGCUGCAUCAAACCCAACCCUGACUGCAGACCGCUCACCUUCAAAAAGGAAGAGGUUAUCGCUCAGCUUGAGGCCUGUGGGAUAGUGGAGACCAUAAACAUCAGUGCAGCAGGAUUUCCCAUCAGGAUCCCGUACGGCAGUUUCCUCCAGAGAUACGGGCUGAUCACAAACAACAGACUAGCAGCACAAAUGAAUAGAGAGAACAGCCUUGAGAUGAGCGAUCAGGCUGUUCUGGGAUCUGCUGUACAGGAUGUGCUCAAUGUAGUCCUCAAGAGACACUCCACCCUUAGCCCUGAUGACAACAACAACAUGGUGCAUUGUGGGAGGACCAAAGUCUUUCUCACACACUCUCUGUUGGAGAUGCUGGAGGAGCACAGGAACAGGGCGCGCUCACAGAAGGCAUUCAGUAUCCAGUGCUGCUGGCGCAGAUACCAGCAACGUCAGCGCAACCUCAGGACACAGGCUGCCACCCGCAUACAAGCAGGUGUGAGAUCCUGGCGGGUCAGAAGAAAAAUUAAGAAAUGGCACAAAGCUGCAUCGGUCAUACAAACCAAAUGGAGGCGCUGGAGAGCAUGGAUGGAUGCAUUAGCCGAGGCAGAACUGGAUGAUGCUGAGGAUUUUAUGGAGGAAGAAUCAUCUGUGUUGCCGAAGCUGGAUCCUCUGCUGAGGGAAAGAGGCUCCGUGCAGCUCUCCAGCAUCCAGGAGCCUGUCAUGGUCAGAGCGUGGCCCAUCGGGCUGGCGAUAGCCUCUGCUCCCUCCAUCACUGUGUCUCUGACUGCCUCUGGUUUCCAGCGGAUCAUGUCCAUGAUGGCCUGUCUGAAGAUCCCAUUCAGACAUGGUGAAUACAAAGUAGAGACCAACCAGUUUGACCAGGGUGUGGCGUCUAUCAGAGCUCAGCCACGGGGGUCCAUUAAGAUGCAUCUGCAGAGAUCUCCACUGCUCUACGCUGACAGACACCCAGUGCACAACACGGAUGUGGUGACCGGAUUCAACCAGAUCUUGCUGGAGAGAACCUGACAUCAAUGUUAAAAGCUUUCAUGCAAUCAAUGCACCUUUGAAAUACACUACAUUAAGUGAUAUUAAACAUUUAGCUGCCUUAUUGUUAGUGCAAUUCAGUGUUUAGUUGUAUUUACUCUCAGCAUGAAGCACAAGUGCCUUUUAAUUCUCCUGUAGAGUGUUUUAUAACUAUUUAUACAACAGAGCUUCCAUUUUAUACUAGUAUUUUGUGUUAUGAUUUAAAUAAUGUUUCUUGCACAGUUUGAAAGUGAUAUUUAUAGAUAAGAAUGUGCUGCUGAUAUAUCCCAAAUUCGGGUAUUUAAUUUGAUUUGUAUUAAUAUCAGUGUACAAACUGAUAAAAUAACAGGCUUUAAAGGGGCUAUAUGUAAGAAUUUAUGUAUUAAUCAUUUGUCUUUUUAUUGCCAAUGUGUGAACAGCUUGUAACGAAACUUAAAAAAUGAGACCUUCCCAGACUUCCUAGGUUGUCUAUGAAAGCCUGUAGACUUAUUUUUAUGUGAAGGACGUUUUUGCCGGGAAAAUCAAAGGAUUUGUCGUUGACAUGAAACGAAUGCUUAUACAAUGUUCAGGAUAAAAUGCUGAAAGAGCCGUUCUGUACUGUACUGUGAUGACAAUGUGUCAUGCAAAGGACAGGUAUUCAUUCAAACUAGUCUCACAUAGUCAGAUCUAUAUAGUCUACAGCAGUGUUUCCCAACCUAAAAUCACCAGGCACACCGUUAUACAAACAAAUUGCACAAACAUGCAUUGCUUCAAAUGGUAUAUAAAAACUAGAUAUUAUUUUAAAAGUAGUACUUGCAUGUGAAACUUGAGCUUAAGUCAGGUAGGAAGUUAGGAACACGACAAGGUCAUAGUAUGAUGUUGUUGGUGAUAAAACAAAUUUAUAUAUCAUCGCUGUCGGGUGGAAAACUCGUAUUUAUUUACCAUUGCAUUGCAAACAAGCAAAGAUGUCCGAUUCCAAACUGUGCGCUUGACAUUCUAAAUGGAGGCGGGGUUGAGUUGAGGUUUGACUGACAGUUUGAGGAGCCAAUGGAGUUAUGAGGUUUAGUCAGAACCUCUUUUAAAUGCUUUUUAUUGGUUAAAUAUUUGUAAAACCCACAUACACCAGUAGUAGCAUUAAUUUUAUAAAACAAUGACGAAAUAUAGAGAUACAAGGUUUCGACCCGACAGCACAAUGAUAUCUUGUUUGUAGCAUUGAUUUUUAGUUAUUUUUGGUGUGCACGAGCAAUAAGUCAUUGGCUGCAGUUCACUUAACGGCCAUAGGUGUCGCUAAUCAUGAGUUCUUCGUAUAGCCCCUUGAAAACAUGUUACAAUUAUAUUAAUGAUAUAAAAUAGAAUAUAAUAUCUGAGAGAGAUAAUGGAGAAUAUAGUAUUGAUAAACACUAUUAUUAUUACAGGUUUUGUACACUUUGCUUGGUAUCUUUUUCUAUUCAUUAACUUUAUUCAUUGCACAAUGUAAGACAUGAAACACUACAUGAUAAAAUACUGGGAAAAGUUAUAGUUUUGGCAUUGCUGUUGAUGCUCUUACCAAAGCAAACUGAAUUAUUGGAUUAUUUGCAUAUGUUCUGUACUUCUCAAUUUUGUCAGAUUACUUUUUACCGCUUUAGACUGAAAUGUAUUUUCAGACACCGACUGUUCAUGCACAACAUUCCUCCUUAAAUCAGGGCUAUAAGGUGUUUUUGAUUAUGAAACAUUUAAUUGCAUGUGCAAAAAGUGUAUUUAUGACCAAACAUAAUAUUUCUGUAGAUUUCUAAUCUCAGGGCAUUACUCAACAUAUCUUUUUUGUUUGUGCUCAGGUACAACAUGUGGUUCUACAAACUUUGAAAUUGAAAUAAAAAUCAUUUAAAAGA